GUGCCAUAUCUCUCCUCGUUAGUGGGCAGUGUUGACUCCGACACCUCCAUAUCAUAAGCCGCAAAGCUGCAGCUGCACAGAUUAUGAAGAAGGAUGUCUGACACCUCAAAAAACACGCAGAGCUACGAGGAGCUGUUCUCUAACAGGUUUUCACCGGAGGACAGUGAAUACCAGCAAUAUCUGAAACGUCCAGCUGACCCGCCACCAAUUGUUGAGAACUGGCAGGGGCGUGGAGGGGGAAACCAGAGGGGUAGGGACAACAGGUACCAGGACCGCCGAGGCCACAGAGACCGCAGUUGGGGAGAAGACAGGAGAUGGCGAGGGGACCGUCGCGGACAGCACUGGCAUGACAGAGACAGGAACUGGGGGCAUGGCAGUGGAUAUCAGUCUGGGUCCAGAGGCUCCAAUCAGGGAUACAACUCCAAUAAUCGACCACAUUAUGAUCGCUACUGAUUACUCAGAUUUCUAAUAUUUACGGUCUCGUGACUUGAGCUUCACUUGUUUGUGGUAGGAUUCAGCUGGUUUCUCCUUUUCAUCGGUGAUGCAGUGAGAGCUGCUUUUUAAAUCCUCUGUCCCUCGUUUUUACCUAUAGCAAAAAGCAUGCAUGUAAAGGCAGAAAUUCACAGUGAUUGUGGUAUGUGAAAUAUAAAUUUUCAAGAAAAAAUUUAUUCAUGAUACAGCUUUACUUUUACCAUCAGUGUAUGAACAUGCAGAUGAACUUUUGUUUCUGUUAGAAUAUGUAUUUUUCUAAUAAAAUGACUGCUGACUGGAAUCAGAUGUAUAAAAUUUAAUUCCAUAAACCUAUUCACCAAAACAAACCUUUCUGUAAUGCGUGUCAACCAUGUUUCCAGUCUUGAAAAAUUUUUUAUUUUCUUAAUUCAAGUGUUCUACCUGGGAUGCUCAAGUUUGUGAGUUAAGAAAACAGUUGGAUGGUGUAUAUAUCUUUAACCAGGUGAUCAGACGACCACAUGCGAAUGAUUAGGUGUCAGCUGCUAUGUGCUUUUGACACACGGGAAACAAAUUAAGCAAAAACAACUCUUGUUGUGUUUACUGCUUGUUUUACAUCAAAACUGAACUUAAAAUCUGGAUAUUUUGGAGCCUCCCAGUUACAUUAACAGGUAAACCAGAACUUUGACUCAAACCUGAGAUUGUUCCCACCAGGGGCAAUUUCAGUUGUUAUUAUCUAAAAUAAGCUUUAAAAUUUGAUGUCCAGUCAUAUUCAUUAAAUUAUGGAAAAGUUCACUUAAAUCAUGAAGUGAAACACACUUGAAUAGUAGAUUUAAACCUAUUUAUGUCAAUUAUGAUUUCACAUCAAGUCAAUGAAAGCACAUGUAAGAUCAAUAAACAUUUUUAAUAUUGAAA